AUGGGUGUGUGUCGUGGUGCCUUGUUGCUGGUGCAGGUGCUGCAGUUGGCCUGGGCUCUGGUCGGCGGGCAGGUGCGGUACUCGGUGCCGGAGGAAGCCAAGGCCGGCACGGUGGUGGGCCGGCUGGCGCAGGACCUGGGCCUGGAGGCGGGCGAGCCGGAGGCGCGGCGGCUGCGGCUGGUGUCUCAGGGCCGGCGGGCGAGCGUGGAGGUGAGCGGGGCGAGCGGGGCGCUGGUGGUGAGCUCGCGGCUGGACCGGGAGGAGCUGUGCGGGAAGAGCGCGCCGUGCUCGCUGCGGCUGGAGGUGCUGGUGGAGCGGCCUCUGCGCGUCUUCCAUGUGGAGCUGGAGGUCACCGACAUCAACGACAACGCCCCGGUGUUCCCCGCCGCAAGGAAAAACCUCAGCAUCGCGGAAUUGUCUCUGCCGGGGUCUCGUUUCCCGUUGGAGGGCGCAUCGGAUGCAGAUGUCGGAGCCAACGCUCAGCUCUUCUAUAGCCUCAGCGCCAGUGAGCAUUUCGCUUUGGAUUUACAAAAAAACGAGGAGGAGGGUGAGUCGUUAUUCCUGGUGCUCAGGAAACCUCUGGACCGAGAGACGAUGCCGAUUCACCAUUUGAUGCUAUCUGCGAGCGACGGUGGCCGUCCGGCUCUGACGGGAACGAUGGAGCUGGUGAUUUCGGUGCUGGACGCCAACGACAACGCACCCCAGUUCAACCAGUCGGUGUAUAAAGUGCAGCUGCCGGAAAAUUCUGAACGCGGUGCUAUAGUGUACAGAGUAACAGCUACGGAUUUGGAUGAGGGGACGAACAGGAAUGUCUCGUACUCUCUGCAAAACUUGUUCCCUCAGGAUGGAAGGGACGUUUUCGGAAUCGACAGUAAUAGCGGAGAGAUCCGCCUCCAGGGAGACUUAGAUUUUGAGGAUAUUGGUGUCUAUCGCCUGCAAGUGGAUGCAGCAGAUCAGGGGAGCCCACCUCUGUCUGGACACUGCAAAGUUGUGGUGGAGGUGCUGGAUGUGAACGACAACGCGCCAGAGGUGUGGGUGACGUCACUGUCGGUGCCGGUGUCGGAGGACGCGGCGGUGGGGACGGUGGUGGCUCUACUGAGCGUGUCAGACCGAGACUCGGGGGAGAACGGGCGCGUGAGCUGCACGGUGUGGCCGUCGGCGCCUUUCGGUCUGGUGUCGACGUUCGCGGGCUCGUACUCGCUGGUGCUGCGGGAGGCGCUGGACCGGGAGCGGGUGUCUGAGUACGAGGUGGAGGUGCGGGCGGAGGACGGCGGGGCGCCGCCGCUGCGCGCCAGCCGCGCCCUGCGUGUGCCGGUGUCGGACGUGAACGACAACGCGCCGGCGUUCUCUCAGGCCGUGUACACGGUGCUGGUGCGGGAGAACAACGCGGCGGGCGCGGAGCUGGCGCGGCUGUGGGCGCGGGACCCGGACGAGGGGGGCAACGGGCGCGUGAGCUACUCGGUGGCGGAGAGCGGGGGCGGGUCGUCGGUGUCGGGCGGCGGGUGGCGUCCGGCGUCGAGCUACGUGUCGGUGGACGCGGAGAGCGGGCGUGUGUGGGCGCUGCAGCCGCUGGACUACGAGGAGCUGCAGGUGCUGCAGUUCGAGGUGCGUGCGGUGGACGCGGGGGAGCCGGCGCUGUGCGGCAACGCCACGGUGCAGCUCUUCGUGCUGGACGAGAACGACAACGCGCCGGUGCUGCUGCCGCCUGCCGGGGGCGGGCCGGGCUCCGGCGCCGCGGGCUCGGCGUCGUCGGGUGCGGACUCGGUGGAGCUGUGGGCGUGGGCGUCGUGGGGGUCUCCGGCGGGGCAGGUGGUGGCGAAGAUCCGCGCGGUGGACGCGGACUCGGGCUACAACGCGUGGCUGCGCUACGAGCUGUGGGAGCCGCGGGGCAAGGGCCCGUUCCGCGUGGGGCUUUACAGCGGCGAGGUGAGCACUGCGCGGACGCUGGAGGAGGCGGACGGCCCACGGCAGCGCCUGGUCAUCGUGGUGCGGGACCACGGCGAGCCUGCGCGCUCUGCCACGGCCACGCUCAGCGUGUCGCUGGUGGAGGGCACCGAGGCGGCGCUGGCGGCCGCGAGCUCAGGCUCGUCGGGGGCGGGGCUCCGGCCGCGGAGGGCGGUGCCUUGGCGGCGGUAUCGGCGACGACGACGAACGUGUGGCUGGUGGUGGCCAUCUGCGUGGUGUCGAGCUUGUUCCUGCUGGCAGUGGUGCUGUACGGGGCAGCACGGUGGUCUCCGCGGUCGACCGUUCUGUCGGGUCCCGGUCCGACCACGCUCGUGUGCGCUAGCGAAGUGGGGAGCUGGUCGUACUCGCAGCGCCAGAGCCGGAGCCUGUGUGUGACGGACGGUGGGGGCAAGAGCGACCUGA